AGAGAGAGAGAGAGAGAGAGAGAGGAGGGAGCUCAAAGCAGUGAGAUUGGACUGGAGCAUCACUGCUGCGGUGUUUUUCCUCCGUGCCGGAAGGAAAACGAUCCAGCUUUCCAUUGAAAGCACUGGAAAGGGAGAUAAAAAAUCCCCAGAGGAUCUGUGAAUAAGUGAAGUAAACUGUUCAGCUGGAGAACCGGAGCUUCGGGACAAUCAGCAGGGUGGAUAUUUUUGUUCUUUGUGGAGAAGGACAAGGGAAAGUGGGAGGAAUAAAAAGCGGAGGUUAAUCACAGGUUGAGUUGGUGGAAGGAUGGAGCAGGACAGCAACUCACAUGGGUCCACUUAAAGCUCUGACCACUAAAGUGGAAGAUUGGAUUUUUGUCCUCCUUUAUGGAUUCUGACCGCAUGUCAAGUUUAGCUUGGGUUUAGUGAGACAGGUGUGGAUUACCUGUCUGUCUCACCUGUCUGUCUCACCUGUCUGUCUCACCCAUCUGUCUCACCCGUCUGUCUCACCUGUCUUUCACCAAUCUUUUAUCAGCUCGUCUCCAUAUCGGAGUGGCGGUUGUGCGACACCUGAGGGUCGGAUUCUGAGGAUUGUAAAGGUGAAAGUUAAGGUGGAGGUGAAGGUGGAGAAGGAUUUACUGAAGCAUUUGUUUGAUAAACCAGAGAAUUCAGAUAAGAUCUUCAUCUCGAGUAAGAUUUUAGCGUCGCUCUUUGGAAUUAUGUAAACUUUAUGCCACACCCAGACACACCCACACGUCGACCUUUUUUUGUCUUUUAAAUCAAACAAAAAUCUAAAUUGGUCCUCAUUUUUUUUUGAGCUCUUGAUUGGCACAGUGGGGAUCGUUUGGCCCUCGGGGGCCUCUGCGGCCUCCUCCAAUCUAAAGAUGAGGCGUUCCAGCACAGAUGAGACUCCAUACCGACGCAGUCCAUCUCUGGACAGUAAGACCGGCUCGCCUCCGUUCUGUUUUGGGAGCGAGCGCGAGCACCGUGGUGCGCCUUUCGGCUUCAGCUUUCGCACGGCCCCGGGGACAAAGACAGCCAAAGCGGGAUACGCAACAGCGCAGGGCAGGAAGUACGUGGUUUUUUACCUGGACCUCUCCUUCAUUUUCCUCCUAGAGCUGCGUCGCUGCAGGAUGGCUGAGGGCUGCAUGAGGGCCCUGCGUUACGCCAUGGUGUUCUUCAACCUGCUCUUCUGGCUGGGGGGAUGUGGGAUUCUGGGAGUAGGCGUCUGGCUGUCAGUCACCCAAGGAAGCUUCGCUACUCUCUCCACCUCUCUACCGUCUCUGUCUGCUGCCAAUCUCCUCAUCGCCGUGGGAACCAUCAUCAUGGUGAUCGGCUGCCUGGGAUGCGUCGGCGCCGUCAAGGAGAGUCGGCCACUGCUUCUCAGCUUCUUUGUCCUGCUGCUCCUGAUCUUCCUGCUGGAGAUUCUGUUCAUCAUCCUCUUCUUCGCAUAUCAGGAUCAGAUUGACCGUUACGCUCAAAGUGACCUGAAAAAAGGCCUGCAGCUGUUCGGCACUGAGGGCAACAUCGGCCUGACCAACGCCUGGAGCAUCGUCCAGACUGACUUUCGUUGCUGCGGCGUAAAUAAUCACACCGACUGGUUUGACGUGUACAACACAACACGUGUCCCCGACUCCUGCUGCCUGGAAUACAGCGACAACUGUGGCCUGGAAAAUCCAGGGACGUGGUGGACUGCUCCGUGUUACGAGCGAGUGAAGAGCUGGCUCCAGGAAAACCUCGUAGCUCUGUGGAUUUUCGCUCUGUGCACAGCUCUAACGCAGAUCUUAGGGCUGGUGUUCUCCAUGACUAUCUUCUGCCAGGCCGUUAAAGUGGACACGUUCUACGCCUAGAGACCUGAAAUGGAUCUGAAACAUUUCAUAGGACACUUUUAUUUUCUGGACGUUUCUUCUCUCCAGCGUCGAGUUCUCUAGCUAACACGGUGUUCCCCAAACGUUCUCGUAAGAUCGUGACUGAAAUUCUGAUUAAAGAGAAGAAAGACUAAUCGUUUUACUGUCUGGAUCAAAUCGUCUCAUUCGUUCCGGCGAGCAGAAAAAUGGACAGAAGACGUGACGUGACAUCGUCGAGGAAUCGUCGGUAACCCAUGGCAACGUCACAGAAAGUGAUUAGAGCAAACGUUACAGCGUGGAGAAGAAAUAAGAAAAAUUGCCCUUUUUGAGUAUAAAAUAAUAACCUGAGUCCUGAACGCAUUCCAGAGCUGAAGAUAUCAGCAGUUUAAUCAGAUCAAAGGAAGAUUUCAGAGAUUUGUCAAAAAAAAACAUCAUUUAUCUUCAUUACGUGACAGACGUGUGUGUAAAUAUAUGUACUUCCUCUGGGAUCUUUCAAAAUCCGUACUUAUUAUAAUGUAAAAAUAUAAAUAAAGCUUUUAUAGAGAA